AUGUUUACUAUCUCUUUUGUGGCAGUUCUUCUUCUAACUAUUACUAAAAUAACAGCAUCCACAAUAACAGAUCCUAUACCAUUUGGAAACGAACGAUUAAAUGAUUUUUUCUUUGUAAAAAAUGGAACCAUAUUUCACCAGUUUAACCAUGGUGCUUAUGGUGGCACUCCCAAAAUUGUUGUAGCAUCGCAAUAUACCUAUGUUGAACAAAUGGAAUCUUCGAUUGACGCUUGGAUGAAUCGUGCAACUGGUUAUCGUCAAUGUAUAACAUCAGCAAAACAACGAUUAUCAACAAUGAUGAAUAUUAAGAAUGCAUCCGAUACUGUCUUAGUCGAUAAUGCUAGUGAAGGGAUUAAUGUUAUUAUAAGAAAUUUAGAUCCACCAUUAGGGCCAUCAGACUACAUUUUAGAUUUAUCUAUUGCUUAUGGUCCAUUUAAAGGUUUAUAUCAAUGGUUAGGCUCACGUUAUGGUGUUAAAGUAUUAGAAGUACCCAUACAGUGGCCAGUCACUGGUCCAGCAUCGUUCAUUGAUCCAAUAACUGCUGCAUUAAAGGCCAAUGCUUCUACAAUCAAAAUUCGUGCUGCUAUAUUUAGUCAUGUUUCUGCAUAUCCAGCAGUAAUAUUACCAGUAAAAGAAUUGGUAGAAUUAUUUCAUCAGUAUAAUAUUCCCGUGAUUGUCGAUGGAGCACAUGCACUUGGAAAUAUUGAAAUCAAUGUUGAAGACAUGUCCGACGUUGAUUAUUAUUUUACAAAUACACAUAAAUGGCUAUAUUCAAGUAAAAGUAGUGCCAUUCUCUAUGUUCGACGUGAUCAUCAACAUUUGUAUGUACCCGCACCAGCUGUUGUUGAUUCAGCGAUGACGGAAGAUUUUGAAACAAGAUUCAUAUGGACAGGUACACGCGAUCGAACAGCAUACUGUGCUAUUUUAUCAGCAUUAGAUUAUCGGCAAUCGUUGGGUGGUGAAGAACGGAUUAUGAAAUAUAAUCAUGAUUUAGCUCAGUAUGGUGGUCAAUAUUUAUCACGUCUAUGGGAAACAAAAAUAUUAUCACCAGAGAAUUUACAAAGUUCUAUGACGAAUGUGCAAGUACCAACAAAUAAUUUAACAAUUUGUCAAAUGGUUGUUGGUCAAUUGUAUAAUACGUAUAAUACUAUGGUCAGUGGAGCUAGUAGCAUUGCUCCUGAACUUGGUGAUAUUCCUUGUUAUUUACGAUUGUCAGCACAGAUUUAUCAGGAACAGAAUGAUUGGCACGUUUUAGGGGCAUUAGUAUUAAAAUUAUUAAAAGAAUUCAAUAGUUAUAUGCCUGAAAAGAAACCAUCGAGAUUUUAA